GAUUUGAUUGUCUAUAUAGUGGUGGGCAUGCACAACACAACAUAACCUUCCUCCAGAAAAUUUCCUUCCUCACUGUUCACUCUGUUUCCUCAAACCUCAAAUUUUCAAAACCAAUCUCUCCAGCCUUCAUUUAUCUAGUAAUUGGUGUUGAGGGCAUAACAUCUUCCUGAAUCCUGAAGUUCUAAGCAAUUGUUGAAUCUUGAAGAAAUCAGCAUGCGUUGGUUGGGUCUUUUGGUUGAUGUGUAUCGUCAAGUUGUACGCUUGAACUUAUAUUGUAAAGUUAUUCUAUAGGUCUCCAAUACCAUAAACCCUUUUACUUUGUUACUUUUGGAGUUUAGUCCCUUAUUUUUAACUACUGCCAUGGAAGGCAACCACUGUUUGAUCAUUUCUUCAGAUGAGUAUAGAAUUGGCUGAAGGUUAGGAAGUGAAGAUAGAGCCUGGUAUUUUGUAUCUUCAGUGUUAUUUGUCAUCGUCUCAUAUAGUUCUAUAGUUCUAGCUGAUUUUGAUUUUAUAAUUAGCUUGGUUCCUUCAUUAUCACAUUCCAUUGGGGCAUUUUCUUGGUGUGUGCAUUACAUUCUAGUGUGGUACGAUCAAAAGACGUUAUGGUGUGCCAAGCAGCAAGCCAAACAAGAUUCCGGGCUUUGAAACAUGAGAGUGGCAUUAAAGGUGAACCAGCAAUUAUUGUUAGAGUGAUAGCAUGCUUUCAACCUUUGCACGAUUGUCAGGCUGAGUACUUCCGCCAUUUGCUUAAGCCUGUAACGUAGAUUGCUUUGCAAUUAUUUCUCUUUAAGCUGAAGUUUGUAGUUUUCUAUUUCUGUCAUUUGUUCCCAAGAGAAGCAGCAAGUCAUUCAAGAUCCCAUAUCAAGGCACUGGUCAUUUUAUUUGUUGAAUGGUUAAGGAUCACAGGUCUUGGCCUUACCCACAGCAUGUGGCUUGGCCAUCACCUUACUUAAAUUGCUCCUGCACCUCGGCAGAGCCCAGUUCGCAGGUUCAUUCAGCUUAUAUGAACCCCAGCACAUGCAUCUUUCCUGCUGUCAGCGUGUUUCCAGGAUUCACAGCUCCUGCUCUCCCAAACUGGAAGACUGAGCAGACCAAUGAAGUGCAUGGGUUCCAUCAGUAUCCUCAUUCAGAACCAUAUUUGAAAGAAACACAUACUGGAGGGGCUAUGCAAAAUGCAAAUCAUGCAUCUUUCCAGAAGAAGUUACUUAUUUUUGACCACUCUGGUAGUAAGACAAGGAUGCUUUAUAGUCCUGUCUUCUCUCUUGUCCAAAGUCCAACUGUUACUGCUACAAAAUUUGCUCAAGUUUAUCAUGUAAACAUGGAAGCACAGGCAACUAAUAUGGGCCAAAAGCAUUUACCCAUAUACACUUCACCCGAAGAGACUGGUAAAGAUCAUAUAGACAAUGAAGAAAGUGAAAUGCAUGAAGACACAGAAGAAAUCAAUGCAUUGCUUUAUUCUGAUGAUGAUGAUGAUGAUGAGGUAACAAGUACUGGUCAUUCUCCAUUGGUUACAAAAAGAACUUAUGUGAUGCAAGAACAGUUUGCAGGCAUGAAGAAGGAGGUUGCUGGCUCUGAUUGGCCAAACAAAAGGCAGAAGUUAAUUGAUAGUGGAUACAAUACACUACCACCACUCAUGGACAGUGCUAGUUCCGAAAGGCUAAAUGAAAUGUGCGAGUAUGCCAGUGAUGCUGAAUCAAAGUAUUCUAGUAGUGGCGGGGUGUAUGCUGCAAGGCAAACUAAAGAAGAUAAUCCAACACCUGCUGAUAUUCAAUUGAAAAAGGAUAAAAUCCGUGAAUUGUUGAGAGUUCUCGAGAACUUUAUUCCUGGAGCAAAAGGAAAGCAUCCCCUGUUAGUCAUUGAUGGUACUAUUGAGUACUUGAAAUCUUUGGCGUCCCAAGCUGGUACACUGAAAUAUCACUAAGUGCUCAUUGUGGUGGUUACAAUAUGGUUGGUUGAAGGGCACAUGGGUGGUGAAAAAAGUUGUAUCUGUUGAAUGAUUAGAUUUGUUGCAUUGCAAGUUUUCAACUUAGCAUCUGCUUCUUUUAUCCUCUUUCUCGAGGAGUAUUUAUAGUGUAGCAGUGAAGGGGCAAAAACAGCAAUAGAUAGUACUGCCCUUUGCCACUGCAAUUGAAGAAAUAUGGGGUUUGGGAUUUAAAGUUGAUGACCAAGAUUUUUUAUCUUUUAGCGUUUGGAGGAUUAAAGAUCACAGAGAGAUUGAAUGGAUGGGAGAUGAUAGUGGAUUGCUGUGCUGUAAAUGAGGACACUUUUUUUCUCCAGGAGUUUUGAAUUCUCUUGUUGAUCGAAUGCAUGCGCGUUAGGUAACUGGGGUCCCACUCUCCACCCUCCUCCUUUUCAUUCCUGAUUUUGUGCUUUGUUCUCUCCUCUCUUCCAAGCUUGUACGCAUAUCAUGCUAGCGUAGACUCUAAAGUACCAAGAAGAAAGUUCAAUGUUGGGGAGUGCUUGAAUGAGGAGCGUGGUGUUGUGUUUUCAUCAUGACUUGCUGGGGCCCCAUUUGUUGGAUACAUAGCAUGUUGUGGUAGUAGUAAAGGUUACUUUGUUUUACGUGUUGAGGGUGGAAUCAUAGGUGAUUCUCUUUUCUACGUUGUAAUUGAGAGGUGGGUUGAGUAUUCUAGGUUUCUUUUUCAUUAUUAUGUAUCUGUCGGUUGUGUGAUUGUAUGAAUGAUUUGGAUUGUGAAUAUUGUAAGGGCAGCGCAGUGGUGUAUUCUGGUUGAUGACUCGUUGGCAUUCAUAUUUUUUUGUCUUUGAUGUUUGUACAUGUUGAAUAAUUAAAUGUCAUUUUACUAUGAAUCCAUGAUUCCUCA